AUGCUGAACCUGAGCUUUCUCCCCAGUAACUGGUUCAACAACGGCACGGGGGACAGCUUUCUGCCUCUGAGCAUCAAGAUCACCAUUGUGGUUGUCUACUCCAUUGUGUGCAUUGUGGGGCUGGUGGGCAACUGCUCCGUCAUGUAUGUGAUCGUCAGAUUCACCAAGAUGAAGACAGCAACCAACAUUUACAUCUUUAACCUUGCUCUGGCUGAUACCUUGUGUCUGAUGACCUUACCCUUCCAGGGUACAGACACGUUCCUGGGCUUCUGGCCCUUUGGCAAUGUCCUCUGCAAGAUUGCCAUCUCUAUAGACUACUACAACAUGUUCACAAGCACCUUCACCCUGACGAUGAUGAGCGUGGACCGCUACAUUGCUAUCUGCCACCCUAUCAAAGCCCUAGACAUCCGCACUCCUCACAAGGCCAAAGUGGUGAACGUCUGCAUCUGGGCGCUGGCUUCUGUCUUUGGCAUCCCAGCAAUGGUGAUGGGAUCUGCGGAGAAUGAAAACAACGAAAUUGAUUGUCUAAUUAAACUCCCUUCACCCGUGGAUUACUGGGAUCCAGUGUUUGGCAUCUGUGUCUUUCUCUUCUCCUUUAUGAUCCCUGUGUUAAUCAUCACUAUUUGCUACAGUCUCAUGAUCAGACGACUGAAGAACGUCCGCGUCCUCUCAGGCUCCAAGGAGAAGGACCGAAACCUGAGGCGCAUCACCCGAAUGGUCCUGGUGGUGGUGGCAGUCUUCAUCAUUUGCUGGACUCCCAUCCAGAUUUUCGUGCUGGUCCAAUGCUUGGGUGCCAAGGCAGAAAGCGAGCUCGAGCUGGCCAUCUCCUGCUUCUGCACCGCGCUGGGCUAUGCCAACAGCAGCCUGAACCCCGUGCUCUAUGCCUUCUUAGAUGAGAACUUCAAGGCGUGCUUCAAGAAGUUCUGCUUCCCCACCGCCUUCAGGACCGAGCUCCAGAUGUCCAAUAGGAUGUGCAGCAUUGCCAAGGACGUGGCCUAUGCCUGCAAGAACUCGGAGGGGACUAACAAUCCGGCAUGACUAGGCAUGGAAAUUCCCAUGGUGGCUGUCGCCCAGCAGAGUCCAACCACCCCCACGUCAGAGCUAACUCAGAUAACAGCUCUUUAGCAGGACCUCAAAACUGAGAGGCGAGAAACCAAGGAAACAAUUUUGGGGGUUGGGAAAACCGGAUACUGCAAGAGCAUGAAGAAAAAGUGAGCCCAUCUGAUGCAUUUUUAAUUCCGGUGCAC